UCGUGCCACUUAUGUGAACCGACUGUAUGUGUAUGUGAACCGACUCUAAGGGUAUAUCUAUUUGUGUAGAAAUGGCUUCUUGACAGCCAAGGGGAGAAUAAUUUCUGCUACCUUUUUUGUUCCUCGUAGGUCCAGUAUGCCAUGUUUGGGUAGUUGCCUCGGGUUCAUUUUUUUAUGAAUUUCCGUAAUCAUUGACUCAGUAAAAGUGCAUGUAGAUUUGUUCUGUGCAAAUGGGGCAAACAAGUGAAUGUUAUUAGGCUAUAGCCUGUGCUUUUGAUUGUAAAUCAUUGAUUUUAAAUGGAAAAUACAGCAUUUGGCCACUAGAUGUAGGUAAUUAUAAAAAAACUACUAUGAGCACUAGCUAGUUGCCAAAUGCGGCAUGUUCCAUGUAAAAUCAAUAAUAAACAAAUACACAGCACAGGAUAUAGCGUAAUAAAAUUUACUUUUUGCCCAGUUUACACAGAUAGAAUGUAAAUGCACGUUUAGUGGGUGAAAAGCUAUGCAAAUUCUUUAUAAAUGAACCCCAUUGUGUCCUCUAAAAUCUUUUUUAGAUGAGUCCAGAAAGCAUGAUAGAAAUCUUCUGGGGUAUAACCGCAUUUUAAUCAUUGAGGUGCGAGGACAUGUGUGUGGUAUUAUAUACAUGUGGUGGUAGUUUUUUUUUUUUUUUUGGUCAGCAGCUACAGUAUUUUUUUAUUUAUUUUUUAACAGGGCAAAGACCUGCUUUAAGUAGAUGGGGCUGUCCUUUAUGGUCUUGGGGAAAUGCUGAAUCCAUUUUUUUAUGCAAACACUUUUUAAUAAGUACCUUUGCUGUUUGCAUGAUGAUAUGUUUAAAAACAUGGUAAAUUAAAAGUGGCAUGAUGUGACGCAAUAGAGAAUCGGAUAGCUAAUGCAAGUUGCCAAAUAGCCUUUCCUUCUAAAUAUUUGCAUACACGUCUUUGUGAUGCAUAAUGAAUCAUGCAAUUUAGGAAUCCAAACAAUUGUGAUUCAUAAUUACUAUUCUCUAUAAAGCAAGUCUGCGUAUACUGCAUUUAAUCAAAUGUUCAGUCAGUGUUAUUUGUGAAUCCAUUUACACGUCCAUGGAGCCUGUCACUGAAGAUGAGAGGCAAAUUGUUCUUCAAUGGCUACAGUUUAUUGGGAUUACUGGUGACUGGCACCAGUGCAGCCCCCUUAGUCCUUUUGAAUGCGCUGAGACGGGCAUGGGAUUUAAUGCUUGUGAUUUUUUUGGCUUCUGUGCAAACCAGCCCUACAAUUUGCUGGUGUGACUUUGGUUGGGGUAUAAUGUAAUAUUUGUUAGCGGACACUGGUAUAAAUGGUAAACUUGUCGCUGUGUUAGCAUGCUAGAGAUCAAUACAUUUCAGGAAGCAGAACAGCAUUUGCAAUUAUGUGUGUUACAUAAAACAUAUACAUGUUAAUUUCCUUAGCCAUGACUUUUACUAUUUUUCCCCUGUAAAGCUAUUCCAUGGUUUUAUUUUUUUAAUAACUUAAGGAGAUUUUAUCAAAUAAUAAAAAUCUAUAGACUUCGGAAAGACCUGAACAAACUCAAUAAAUACAAUUAUUUGACUAAUUAUCCAGAAUGAGAAUAUGUUUAGUGCCUUUUAUACUUGAAGUUUUUGUGUGUGCAUCUGAGGUCCUUUGUAUAAGCUUCACGUAGCAUCUUCGGUUUUAUUGCACAAUGCUCUUUACUCCCCUCCCUCCCUGAGCCAUUUCUCCCCCUCCUCAACCCAUGCAGGGUGGGGUUAAGCUACCUCACUAAUACAGAGAAAGGCGCAUCCAAUCGGCUGUAGGCUUGAUGUAAGGUGCCUGUGAUCUGAACACUGCAGAGGGAGAUGCAGGGAGAUGUCUCAGUCUGUAAGAUGUCUGUCUUAGGCAUGCAUCAGUUGCUGGGAUGAGAGAGGAGAAUGUAUGGACAUAUGUAAAUUGCAAACGGAAGGUAAUGCUGUGAGGCGUGAGCCCUCUUCCUUUCUGAAUGCCAGCAUCGCCAAUGCUGUAUAAAUGCACCGGAGACAUGGGGAAUUCUGUCAGCUGUGUUCGGAAGCCGAAGGAGCCGAGACCAGGGACAGAGAAGGAGCCCCAGUCUGGGAAGAAAAAAAGACGCUUCAGGAGGAAGAAAAAAGAUCAGUCUGAGGAAAGAAUUGAAAUGGCUCCCCAGAAGGUGGAAAACCUAGAGACCCAGGAUUUAUUUAGCAAUACACCUGCAUCUAUUGAAGAUGCUGAAAGCUCACACACUAUACAGGAUGAUGAGGAAGAAGGGGGUAGACUGCUUCAGGUGAGAGAGACAUUGCAUGGGAUUGUACACAGAGCUCAGCUACUGACUCCCUUGCCUACUCCGGAAUCUCCCCCGGCAGGAACCACAGUUAUUGCUCAUAUAGUGGACAACCCAGCAGACCACAAGCAGCGAUUAAUCGGCACCAUGGUGGAGUUUGACUGUGCCGGUAAUAGCAGAGCUGUUCUAAUUCCUGUCAAUGAUGGAGCUCUGGAAAAUGCUGUCAGCAUCAGGACCGUCUGUAGUGCAGAAACCGACCCCCGAUUGUCUUUUCAAGGAAAGGUUAAAACUCCAAAAGCAAUACCCAGCACACAGUCCUGGGGACCUGACCUUUCAUCUUCCGGAUACUGCAGUGAGCCCCUGUCACAUUCAGAGAAGGUGGGAUUUCUCCUGUUCAUCAUAGUCUCCUUAUUGUACAUUGCCAUUUAAUAUUCUAGAACAGUACACAGACAUGCAGUGUCAUUCACUGGGAGCAGUCGUUGAAUGAAUUUGUUUCAAAAUGUUUUCUGUUAAGAAGUGUGCAGUAGUAAACUCUUUUCUAGGACAGGUUUUG